GAUGUUGUUGGUAGUGACAGUGUUGUUGGUGACGGCGGGCGUGUGGGCGGGGCCGGCUAGGGAGCGCCAGCUGAAGCAGUGUCCGGAGGGGUUCGAAGCAGUGGUGGUGGAGGGCAAACAGGACUGCGUGUGUGCCGAUUACCAUGUGUACUGGCCAACCACGGGCCUCUGUUACCCGGAGUUCACCAGGGGACCGUGCGCCCCGGGCCAGCAGCUGGCUGCUAACGACACUGGACAUGCAGAGUGCAAGUGUCCCGGGUUCUGGGCGAGAUGGACCGACGGAGCCUGCUACCAGGAGUACACGCAGGGACCUUGCAAAGUCGGGGAGCUCUUCAUGGGUGGAGGUCCCUCUACCGACGGCUUCUGUUCCUGUUCACCAGAAUUUGUCAUGCACUACUACCUUCCAGACAGCAGCUGCUACCCGCUCUACGAACAAGGCCCGUGUCCUAAGGGUCACCUCCUCAAGUUCGACUAUCGCACGCUGCAGCCUGUUUGUGAGUGUCGUGAUGGCUACAUGCUGGAAGAGGACGGCACUUGCUACCCGCUUAACACCGCCGGACCUUGCGACCAGACCGCUUGUGAAGAUGGCAUUAACUGUUACCUUCGUAACUUAGAUACCCUAAAGACGGAGUGCAAGUGCUUGCCGGGGAACGUGACUACCGCUGACGGUCACUGCUUCGAGCCUUACUCACGAGGGCCCUGCCAGCUCGGGGAAUGGAUGGUGUUCUCCCAGCCGGGCGUGGCUGUAUGUGAACGUAAGGCUCAGUGUACCCGCUACGACAAUUGGUUCUUCUGGACACCUGACCAGCGAUGCUACCGUCAGUAUUCCCGUGGCCCUUGUCCUACUGGCCAGCUCUUCUUUUUGGACCUCAACACUGGCAUAUCCGGUUGCCACUGCCGUAAGGAAUGGACGCCUUACUACUGGGAAGAGGACAACUCCUGUUACGAGCAGCACUCUGUAGGGCCGUGCCCAGCCGGCAUGUACUUCAGUUUCAACAAGACAUCAGGUCAUACUGAAUGCAACUGCUUCACGUCUCACGUACUUCACGAAGAGUCCAAGACGUGCUAUGAACGCAUGACCGCUGGGCCGUGCCCUGAGGGUCAGCUGGUGGUGGAAAAUCCCGCAACAGGACAGCUGGACUGCGAUUGUCACGCCAACAUGACAGCACACUACUGGAAAACCGACGGCAAGUGCUACCAACAUUUCCUGCAGGGACCCUGCCCCCAGGGGCAGACAUACAGGCUAGGCAGCGCCUCCGGGGAGCCAGCUUGCAUAACUUGGGGUUAAUAUUCCCUCACAACCUCACAUUGCCGAGUACCUUCAUCUUCACCAGCUGCACAACCACAACACACCACCAACUACACCACCACAACACACCACCAGCUGCACCACCACAACACACCACCAACUACACCACCACAACACACCACCACCACUUCACUGACACUCUACUAUCAGCGUAAUUCAGCAGUAAAUCAUUUCAUCAAGCGCUUAAAGUUGUGAAAUUUAAUGAAUUCAUCCUCUUUGGAAAUAUACAUAUCUUAUAGACAAAGUUAAUUGUAUAACGACAUCCCCAUAAAUUAUUGUACAUAGAUUGUUGCCAUUUACAUCAGAUGACGUCAAGCCCACUAUACCAAGUACACACAAGGACGUAUACAUAAACACACACACACACACACACACACACACACACACACACACGCAGGUGCACUAUUAGCUAUUAGGUUCCUAUUGAUUUGCUUUGAUUGACGGUACAAGGUUUUUUUUUAUGUACAUAAUUGUAAAAUAUUAUUUUGUGUUGAGCUGUCCUGGCCAUAGUAAUCGGUAGCAUCAAGAGGUGUAUCCUACAAUGAAAUUCACGACUACAUAAGAGAGGUCGACAUUUGUUUCCCUUUUCCGAUUAAUUAUCACAAAUUGCCUAAUUCAUUAUUAAUAUUUUUAUUCUAUUACAUAUCAAUGAAUAACAAGAAAAGGCACAAUAACGUGACUGGAACAAUACACAAAUAACCCACACAUAGGAGAGAGGAGCUUACGACGACGUUUCGGUCCGACUUGGACAAUUUACAAAGUAAAUGAUCCUCUCUUCUAUGUGCGGGUUAUUUGUGUUUAUCAAUGAAAUAAGUCAUUUUUGACAAUCGGCAAAAUUCUACGGCUUCCCAGCAUUAAAAUUCAUUAUAUUUUUCUCAGUUUAAUGUGUAUCAAUACAAGGAGAUGCUUUUCAUCUCGCAGUCACUCCCGAGAACAACCUGCCUUUAAUGUUACGCUUGUUUGGAGUCCUCCAAAAAAUAUUCGACCUCAAGUGCCUCUAUUGGUUUUAAUUUUGACCUGACAAUUCACUCCUGUAAACAC